AGUAUCUAAUUGGGGCAGAGCAAACUUUGUUUUGUUCAAUGCCUCAAAAACUCAAUUUCUACAACUAUUUACUCGACAUAACCUUCCAGAUAACUAUCCCCUCUUCUUCAACGACACUCAACUUCCCCUCUCCUCCACAUUAAACACACUCGUUCUAUCCUUUACUAAAAAUCUAAACUGGAAAUUUCAUAUCUCUACUCUUGCUAAAUCAGCUUCCAAGAAGUUAGGUGUCCUAUGGCGUCUGCGUCCAUUUUUCUCUCCCUCUCAGCUGCUUGCUCUGUACAGGGGCCUUAUCCGCCCAUGUAUGGAGUAUGGCUCUCAUGUCUGGGGGGGCUCAACUCAUACAGCUCUUUUAAACAGGGUGGAGUCCAAAGCUUUUUGCCUAAUCAACUCUCCUCCUCUAACUGACUGUCUUGACUCUUUAAGUCACCGCCGCAAUGUUGCAUCUUUAUCUAUCUUCUACCGCUAUUUUCAUGCUGACUGCUCUUCUGAACUUGCUAACUGCAUGCCUCCCCCCCUCCCGCGGCCUCGCUGCACAAGACUUUCUACUUCUUCUCAUCCUUAUUCUGUCCAUCUACCUAAUGCAAGAGUUAACCAGUAUCUUCACUCUUUCAUCCCUUACACUGGUAAACUCUGGAACUCUCUUCCUUUGUCUGUUUUUCCACCUGCCUAUGACUUAAACUCUUUCAAAAGAGGAGUGUCAAGACACCUCUCAAACUAA